AAGUGGCGCUACCUACUUCCGUCCAUGUUCUGCGGUCCUUCACAACAAGAAACUUCAGCGCCGAACCAAAAGAGGACUUCAAAGGAGACAGAAAACAAACCCAGCGAUGCACGAGGAAUUUACGAGCACCGUUCGGGGCUUCCUGGGCGUUACCAACGAGUACUUCUCUUGUUUCGGUUUCAUUAUCUACAGCGUUGUCGUGUGUCGCGUAAUGACGUCCUUCCUCAUGGCUGUGACCCAACCUUUGUUUUCCAAACACGCCGGAUGGUUGCGUCGGUUGAGGUCCAUGGGCGACUGGGCAGUUGUGACUGGAUCUACAGAUGGAAUUGGUAAAGCCUAUGCAGAAGAAUUGGCAUCAAUGGGUUUGAACAUAGUUUUAAUAAGUAGAACUCCAGAAAAACUAGCUGCUGUUGCCAAAGAAAUUGAGACGACUUAUAAAGUUGAAACCAAAACAAUUACUAUGGAUUUUUCUGAUAGAAAAUUAAAUUAUGGUGAAAUAAAAUCAGUAUUAAAGGAUAUGAAAAUCUCUACUUUAGUGAACAAUGUGGGAAUUUCUUACCAAUACCCUGAAUAUCUUCUAGACAUUCCAGACAGAGAAAAGGCUCUUCUUGAUCUCAUUUGGAUCAAUAUAAUCUCCAUGACAAUGAUGACAAGUAUUGUGUUGCCUAAUAUGGUUGAAAAAGGUGGUGGUGUGAUCAUCAAUGUAGGAUCUGCUUCUGGGGAUAUGACCUGUCCCCUUUUAACAGCUUAUUCUGCUUGCAAGGCUUAUGUGAAAUAUUUCUCUGAAGGUCUCAAUUCAGAAUAUAGUGACAAAGGUGUUGUCACUCAGUGUGUGAUGCCGUUCUAUGUAUCUACCAAAAUGAGCAAAAUCCGCAAAUCCAGCUUGAUGGUUCCUAGCCCUAAGACCUAUGUGAAAAGUGCUCUGAAUUCUUUAGGAAUGUCAUCCAGCACAUAUGGUUACUUCGCUCAUAAUUUAUUUGGUUGGAUUCUCAAAAAACUCCCCUCUUCAUUGGUCACAUGGCAGGUGAAAAAUAAGCACCUUGGUAUCCGAGCACGUCUCUAUGCCAAAAAAAAAGCAAAAGCAGAAUAGAGAGUGUUUAUUGCCAACACAGAAACUAGCA